CACUCAGUGUGUCUUUGUGCCUGUUGUACUGCACUCCUGCUAAGCUGCACUGGUCAAACACCAGCCAUGAGCGACGAUGACCUAUCUCAAUUUCAGCUCUUUGUGGAUCUAUUCAACGAGGCCAUUAACAGCACUGACAUGAGCUAUGUUGUCAGUGAAAAUGUCCAGCUCUGUGCAAACCAGGCUGUCAACCACUUUGGUGCGAAAUUUAUCCCAGCUUUCUACUAUACCAACUUCCUCCUGAGUUACCUUGGCAACGGGCUUGUCCUCUUCAUCAUCUACAAGUAUGAAAAGCUCUGCACGGUGACAAACAUCUUCCUCCUGAAUUUGGUCCUUUCCAAUCUUCUCUUCGCCUCCAGCCUCCCCUUCUGGGCAACGUACCAUCUGUCUGAAUGGAUUUUUGGCUUGGCUAUGUGUAAGAUAGUCAGCAGUGCCUACUUCAUCGGCUUCUACAGCUCCAUCCUCUUCCUCACGCUGAUGACAUUUGACCGAUACCUUGCAGUGGUGCAUGCAGUGACAGCUGCUAAGAGCAGGAAAAAGGCCUAUGCCAUCAUUUCGUCAGUGGUAGUUUGGUGCAUCAGUAUUGUGGCAAGUGUAAAAGAGCUGGUUCUGAAAAAUGUGGGGAGCAGUCCGUUCAAUGGACUGACAUGUGAGGAGUCAGGAUACCCUGAGAGCACCAUGGAGCGCUGGCGUUUGGUCACUUAUUACCAGCAAUUCCUGCUCUUCUUCCUCCUCCCUCUGUUCAUGGUGAUGUACUGCUACAUCAGCAUCACCAUCCGCAUCCUGGCCACCCGCAUGAAGGAGAAGUGUCGUGCCAUCAAGCUCAUUUUCAUCAUCAUCUUUACCUUCUUUGCCUGCUGGACGCCCUACAACAUUGUCAUCCUGCUUCGAGCUAUUCAGAUCUCCAGCCCCAGUGAUGAUGAUAGCUCAUGUUCUGCUAUAGAGAGCUUGGACUAUGCACUGUAUGUAACGCGGAACAUAGCCUAUCUGUAUUGUUGCAUCAGUCCUGUGUUUUACACAUUCGUGGGAAAGAAGUUCCAGAGCCACUUUAAAAGGCUGUUGGCGAAGAGGAUCCCCUGUCUGAAGAGACACAUGAGCAGCAGCCAGAGCACCAGAACCACAUCACAGAGGACACCAUACUCUGAGUACUAGACAGAUAUGCAGGUUUAGUUAGCUCACUUCUUGGGACAUUAUAGAGAUAGUUAUAAAGGCUUUGACACACCAAGCUGACAGUUGGCCGUGAAUUAAUGCUGGCCCAUUAGUGAGCGCCAUGUUUUGUUUUUUGUUUGCAAGUGUCCUGGACCAUUGGCAUUAGUCAGCCCUUGAUGGCUUUUUUUUUUUUUUUUUGCUGAUUCAGCAUGUUGAAAUGGCAUUGGCAACGGUGGAGUCCAUCGCUUAAUAAAAUUACUCUGAUUGGCAGUCCAGCUCAGAGAAAAGUUAAGAGGAUUAUGUUGUUAGUGUCAGAACUGGGUAACCAGCGUGUCGAAUCUGUCCUGUCGGUCUUCCAAAUACAGACUACCACUACCUGUUGCUAUGCUUUGAAGCCAGUUUUCAUAUUGGCCAAACAGUGGUACUGCAAUUUCCUGGGCCCGUCAUGUGGUGCCCUACGGCCUCAAAAUGACUUUCACGAUCAGGAUUUGAUCCAUUUAGUCUGAUAACAUUUUGAAAAUCUGGAGGAGCCGCAAGAUUAAAUUAUUUUAUCAAAUUUAAUAUCAAGCGGAAGUUAGCCGAAGUUAGACAUUCGGACGCACUCUGUCAUGCUCAGCUGCCAUAAGUCUCUAGUGCACCUGCAGUACGGGCUGCAUAAUACAAAAACGCUGCAGUCGAACCAUUUUGGCUUCAUAAGCCACGGAGUACCUCUCACAGGAAUAAACAGGGCCCAGCCACCAACUGUGUAUCCAGUUCUACUAAUACAUCCAUGGCUAGUUUGCUGUUAGCUGUCGUCAUUGUGGGGUAUUCAAAUGCAUAUUUUUGGCCAAGACACAGGCGACUCAAGGAGACACAACACUGGCCUUCAUCUCCACUAGUUCUUUGAUGUUGGUUUGGUGUGUCAGGGCCUUUAACCUACUCUUAACCUUAACCACUAUCCCAAAAAUUAGCUUUUUCCAGAUUAGGAACAAGGCUUUUGUCCCAAGUUAACUGGUCUUUUGUCUAAAAUGUGUCCUUGAAGGCAGCCUAAAUCAGACAUACAAAAUCACAAACACAUACGCUUUAAAAAUGCCAAUACAUAUUUCACUCCAAACAUGAAGUUAUUCCAUGUGUACUUACUGCCAGACUCCUGUAAAAUCUCAUGAUCAGAAACAGAUGAAUCUGUUAUCAACUUAAUUAGACAAGUUUUGCAGCUUUAAGACUGCUUAACUACAGACUGUUUUAAGGUAUACUAUUGUUGACUGUUUGUAAACUGUAUCGCUGGCAAAAGUGAAAGCCAACCCCAGCUUUGUCCGCUUGGGAUUUUGCCUGGCUAUAUUUGCAUUUUUGCAAACUUCACCUAUGCGCUGUUCCAAGAAACGUCCCAAACAAAAAAAAAAAAAAAGGAGAAAAGAAGAAAAUACAGGCAGGGGGCCGAGUAUCUGUAAAUAAAAUCACGAGUGAUGAUUGAGAGAGAUUUCUUAAGUAUGAAUCUAUGCAUUUUUUAGGAAAAUUCUCCACAGUAUACCUUUAUAGUGUACUUCAUACAUUAAAACAGUUUUUUUGGGGUUUUUUUUGAGCAGAUGUAUUUGUAUCAAAAAACCCUUCUGAUUUAAAAAAGUUUACAUUAUGAAGGCUUAUGUGUCAUUUUAUUCAUGUGUCUUUUGGGACUCAACGAUUGUUAAGAGAAUGUAGGAAAAAUGUGGACGAAAAGAAAGAUUGUUGUUUACUGCUGUGUCGAAGGUCAAGACUGAAUUUUAAAUCAGCAGCCUGUGUCUUCAAAGUGCUAUAAAACAAAUGAUAAAAACAACAGUGUAGUACAAUGAACUACAAUUAAACUGAAGAAGGCACUCAAAAAUGAUAACCCCCUAUAUACCCCCUGAAUCCUGCACACUGGACCUUUAAAGGCUGAGACGAGUGUUAUUCUAUAUUUUUCUCACUGUCAACCCAGCCUAAACAACUGGGCACUGUAAUUUAUCGUGAGCAUUAUUUAAACACCUGCCCCCUUACCUGGUUGUGCCCAGAUUUUCUUAAUGUCAUGAGUUGAGGAGUCAGACCUUCAUCAGCCAAGUGAAGGACAAAGACAGCAAUUUUGUGCAAAGUUAUUGUUAAAGGGUGCUUUUAUUGAAGAACUUUUUCCCAUGUUUAUGUGCAGCUGAGUUCUUUGAUGCAUUUGCUUCAGAUCUGCUCAUGGUCUGGUCCUUAUACUGAGUGUUUUGAUCUUGUUGAUUCAAUAUUGAGUGCAAUGUGUAUGUUUGUACAAGUGUGGUGUAUUUGACACAUCUUGUCCAAGUGCUUUAAAACAAACUGUAUCUUAACUAUCCAAUAAAUACGCCAAUCUAU